GGAGCGGCCCUGGGGCAGGAUGGCAGUGAACCAGAGCCACACCGAGAACCGUCGCGGGGCCCUCAUCCCCUUCGGCGAAAGUGUCUUGAAGCAGAGUCAGGAUGUGGACCUCUCCUUCCUACAGCAACCAGUGGGAUAUGAUCUCUUUAAUGGUACAAAAAGAGGAACAUUGUUUCUCACUUCAUACCGGGUGAUCUUCGUGACUUCACACUUAGUCAGUGACCCCAUGCUUUCUUUUAUGAUGCCAUUUGGUCUGAUGAGUAAUUGCACCAUUCAACAACCAAUCUUUGCCCCCAACUACAUUAAAGGAACCAUUCAGGCAGCUCCGGAUGGUGGCUGGGAAGGACAGGCUAUUUUUAAAUUAUCCUUCAGAAAAGGAGGUGCCAUUGAAUUUGCCCAGCUGCUGAUGAAAGCUGCCUCUGCUGCUGCCAGAGGAAUUCCACUUAGAAGUGUAAAUUACUGGUUCGGCACUUCAGGACUCUAUAUAAUUACUGCACCAGGGGGCAUGAUGUGCACCCAACAGACGCCUUGUCCAGCAUACCCAGUUGUGGUCUACAGACCCCCACCACCAGGAUACAGAGCCCCACCAGCAGGAUAUGGAGCAUCACCUGCAGGAUAUGGAGCUCCGCUUGGGGGAUAUGGAGCCCCUCCUGGGGAAUACGUAGCCCCACCUGUGGGAUACGAAGCCCCGCGUGGGGGAUAUGGAGCCCCACCUGCGGGAUAUGGAACCCCACCAGUGCCAUAUGAAGCCCUGCCUGCAGGGUAUGGAGCCCCACCUGCUGGAAAUGAAGCCCCACCUCCAGCAUAUGAAGCUCCACCUGCUGGAAAUAGAGCUGCCUCUCACAAAUCUGUGGCAGCCCAGCCGGAGGCUUCUCUUCCAUCUACCUCAUCUUCUCAGGCUCAUUUACCACCUUCUAAGAAGUAAACAUUGAAGACUCACCAAGCAAAGGGCACCCUAAAACUGAAGUCACAAUAAUAAGGAUGACUCAGGUGCCAAGCAGUAGGAGGCGUUCCCUGUGCAUGUAGUGGCCUGAUCCUCUCCACAUACCUGUGAGGUCCUGUGCCUCAAAACACAGAUGAAUGUGAGAAGACUCCUGUUCUCAAGGAAGGAAAAUGCUUGAAAACAGACCGCAAGCCAACCAGAGUGAGAGAGAUCCGAACCAGCACGUGAAACAGUUUGGGGAUGGAGACUGAUUUCUGCUCCCUUCACAGAUUGAUUCCUAAAAAGGUUGUCCUUAGAAAACAGGCCUCCUUCCUGUCUAUGUCCUGAGGAUAAAAGAGAAGUCAGUGUAACCGAAGAAGCUAGGGUCACGCUGGUUUUCACCCUUGAUUAAAGCCUGCUUGCUGUUGCAUACCGCUCCUUGGCCUUGGGUCUCUCUGUUUCUGAGGGCAUCUGUGAUAUGCAUUUCCUGGUGCUGUUCCCUUGGGGCCUCCCAGUAGGGCAGCUUGGAUGCACCCAGGCUCUCAGCUUCAGGCUGGGUGCUGCACUUGUCCUGCUUCAACUGUUCAUUGUCUGGUUCCAAGAGAGAUGGAUCUUCUCAGCUGAAGUCUCCGAAUCCCCUUGA